CUGACCCGUCGGUCUCAACAUAACAGAUCGAGCAUUUCACCACCGAGAUGUUUGCUCUGCAACAAUCUGCGGUCAUUUAUGCGCUGACAUUCCUCGGGCAAAAUGUCCUCGGAAGUGAAAUUAUCGAUGGCACAAUAGUCCCCGACAACGAAAUGCUGUAUAUGGCAUCAGUGCAGGAUUACAGAGGCAAGCAUAUUUGUGGAGGAUUUCUUGUGUCUGAGAACUUUGUAAUGACUGCUGCACACUGUGACGACCACCCCAUCGUGUAUCCUACACACGUAGUUCUUGGUAACCACCAUCUGAGGAGUGCUGAUAAGCUCGUGAUACAGAUUGCCGAGAAAUACAAACACUCAAAUUAUCAGGAUGUUGACCAUGGAUACGACAUCAUGCUUUUAAAACUGUCUAGACCUGUCCAACCAAACAAAACAAUUCAAUUCAUUCAACUUCCCUCCCAUGAAAUGACAUUAAAUGAAAAUGAGAAGUGCCAAGUGGCUGGAUGGGGUAAGAUAACCACUCGCGGUAAUGUUGUUGACGACCUGAGAGUGGUGGGUGUGUCGGUCAUCAGCCCACAAAACUGCCAGAAUGCUUGGACUCAACGUAUUCCUGGAUACAUUCUUCCGACCAGUGUUAUCUGUGCAGGUGGAUACAAGACAACAAAAGGAUUCUGUCAGGGUGAUUCUGGUGGCCCUCUGAUCUGGAAGGGAAUGGCUGUCGGUAUUGUUUCUUACAACAGAGCGAUUCCUGAAACCAAGCUGGGAAACUGUAACUAUCCGGAUGUCCCCAAUGGCUAUACGGAUAUCUCAAAAUACCUUAACUGGAUCAGGAAGAUUCUCCAGGGGAAAAAAAGUUAAAUCUUACUCAAAGUUUUGCUUCAGCACACUGUAAGUGUGGAAGCUGUGCCUCUGUCAGCGUUUGCUCUCAAUGCAGAAUAAAGAAAAUGUUUCAAAUAUUGUUUUCUUACACAAAGCUUUGCUUCAAACACACUGUAAGUGUUUACAGGAAGCUGUGCCUCUGUCAGUGUUUGCUCUCAAUGCAGAA